UACUAUUCCAUUCAAUGAUACCGAUAGCAGGGUUUUCUACUGUCCUCCUUACAACUAGAAGUGCAACAUAUCUGCUGAAUCCUUAAAACUAAGAGAGCAUCUUUGUUCGAAGACCAGUGUGCUGUUGUUUUAUCCGUCAUAAUGGCCGUGGUCAUCCGAUUACAGGGACUCAGAGUCACUGCUGGUUCUGAGGACAUUCGGAGUUUCUUCACUGGCCUCAAAAUCCCGGAUGGAGGGGUUCAUAUCAUUGGUGGUGACCUCGAGGAAGCAUUCAUCAUCUUUGCAUCCGACGAAGAUGCCAGACGUGCAAUGUCUCGUUCCGGUGGUUGUAUUAAAGGAGGAGUGGUUCACCUGCUGCUGAGUAGCAAGUCGGAGAUGCAGAAGGUCCUUGAGGCAAGCACAAAGAAGCCAGAGGCCAGUGCCCGGAAGGCAUACAAGAACAACGGGCGACCUACAGACGCUAACCCCGGAUCUUUUGGUGGGAAGCCUUCUGGUGAUGUCAAAGAUUCUUUGUACUUGUAUCUGUCUGGCAUGCCGUUUUCCACCAAAGAUGAAGAUAUCCUGAAAUUUUUCACUGGUUUGCGGGUCAGUGGCAUUCGUCGUUACAAAAACAAUAAGGGUCUGCAUAACGGCACUGCGAUGGUGAAGUUUGAGACGAUCCAGGAGGCUGCUGAGGGUCUGAAGAGGGAUCGUCAAUACAUUGGGUCUCGGUAUGUUUGCAUCAAACGUACAGAGAUCCAAAGUCUAGAGCAGGAGAGGCAGAGGGGGGUGGAGAUGGAGAGGCAGAUGGAGAUGGAGAGGGAAAGGGAGGAAGGGCGUGAGAGGAGAAGGGAAAGGGACCGGGACAGAGAACCAGUUGUUGAUGACACAGGGUUCUCCACCAAGCCAAGCCCUACCUACACUUCAAGAAAACCAGUACCUGAACGCGCAAGAUCACGCUCACCACGGCGAUCUCCAUCUCAGUCUCCCUCUAAAGAAGAGUUUUGUGUGAUGGUGGACAAUCUUUCGCUUGCUGUAGAGAAAGCUGACUUGAAACAGUUUUUCCACCCUACUACCCUGCGUGACGAUCAGAUCAUUCAUGUCAACGACAAGUAUGGGAAAAGGACCAGGUCUGCCUUUGUCCUGUUCGGUAGCUUGAGGGACUACUGUGCUGGGCUGUCUCAUCACAAAGAAGAGUUGCUCAGCAAGCCUGUGUAUGUCUCUCCCGUUUCUAAAGAGAAGAUGAUCGCCACCUUGCAGAACAUGAACCAGCAGCUGGACUAUGCCGAGGAGCGGGAGCGCAGUCAUUCUGCUCAGCGAUCACCAUCGCGUGGCAGAGAAGAUCCCACAGACCGGGAGAGAGUUUGCCUCUACGUGCGCAACCUCCCGUUUGACGUGCGCAAAGUGGAGAUCAUGGAUUUUUUUCAUGGCUUCCGAAUUACAGAGGACUCCCUCAUUCUGCUCAGAGAUGAAAAUGGGGCUGGACUCGGUGAAGCUCUGCUGAUAUUCCAAACGGAAAACGAGGCCAUCAUGGCACAGUCUUUGAAUGGACAGCGCUUUCUGGGCUCCGAGGUUAUGUUGAAGUGCAUCACCCGUGCUCAGAUGCGAGAGUUUGGUGUAUUGGACCAGAACGGACUCCUCACCCAGAUGGACGUGCCAAAGGAACCUGGUCGGGAGAGCUAUUCAGCGGCACCACCACUCCAGCAGCACCGCAGGCCGCAUUACUCCGGAGAUGAUGGGUACAUGGAUUCCCGCGGCCCAGCAGAUCUACCCGCGCGCAGUCGCAACAUGCCUCACGAUAUGCCCCACGAUAUGCCCCAGGACAUUCCCCCUCAGUCGUUUGGGCAAAGAGGCAGCCACUAUGACGCCCCGUAUGACCCUCACUUUGACCACCCAGAUAUGUUUGGUGGGAGAGGAGAUGGCCACUCCAAUCCAGGAUUUGCAGCUUCUGGUCAGCACUUUGAUAACUUUGAUAACCCAACUUGCGUUCAGCUUUCAAACCUCCCGGCACAGAUCCACAUAAACGAGAUCUAUGAUUUCUGCUAUGGCUACAGGGUGAUACCAGGGUCUGCAACGUUGCAGUUUGACAGGCAAAAUAUGCAUAGCGUGUCCACAGUCGUGUUUGAGUCCCACCACGAAGCAGUAAUUGCUGUAGAAGAAUUGAAUGGAAGACCAAUUGGAAAAAGAAAAAUCUCAGUUCGCUUUAUGUAAUGGUCAUUAUAGCCACUUUUAACGGUGCAGAUCUGUAAUAAUGUUGUGUUUUGGUCUUUAGUAUGGGAUCAUUCUUUUGUACAUGGAUAUUAUUGGAAUAAUAAGUAUUGAAAGACAGCCUUUGCUAAUUGCUAAUGCAUUGUGUUCAUCCUUUUUAAUGCCCAUGUUGUUCUCAAUGUGUUUGCUUUUUUAAGGGAAAAUAUGUGUAUAUAGUUAGCCUAUAUACAUACACACAGUCCUGUGCCUCGAGAAAGUAAGAAAUUGAAAUGGGCUGUACUUAAAAAAAAAAAACAUUUUGAAGUGUUUGAUUUCAUAAACUUUGGUUACCUGCAGGCUGUUAUUCUAUUUUGUUUGUAGUCAUUGGACUUCAAUUAAAGACCAGUAUUUGAAUGUGA